GCCUAGAACUUGGUAUUUGUGUCAACAAGUACAUAAACAAACGCAGAUUUCUCCGUAAUUUAGAAUAAUAUUGUUUUGGUGUUGAGACCAAGAGACUAUCAGACAUCAUGUUUGGCAACUCGCUUUUCAGGCAGUUCGAUAAUGAUCCAUUUUUCUCGGACUUCCAUGCACGUCACAAUGAACACAUGCGGCGCAUGGAUCAAACGAUGGGUGGAAUGUUCAAUCCCUUUUUUGGUGGGGGCACACAGCAACAAAGUAUCCAGGACAGAAGAUCCGACAUAAAUCGCAAUGCUGUUCAACGAUCUGGCUCAAAUCAGAUGAUGCCUUUUGGUGGCGAUAUGUUUGGUGGAUUCCCAAGCAUGUUCGGUGGGCAACACGACAUGAUGCAAAGGAUGAGUCAAAUGCAAGAGCAAAUGCACAACAAUCCAAACUGUCAUUCCUACUCCUCCUCAACCGUGAUGUCUUAUUCAAAUACCGGGAAUGGAGAGCCAAAAAUGUACCAGGCUUCGUCAUCCACUAGAACAGCUCCAGGCGGGGUGAAAGAAACCCGCAAGGCAGUUCGUGACUCCGAAUCUGGUAUUGACAAGAUGGCGGUAGGUCACCAUAUCCACGAACGUGGCCACAGGAUUGAGAAGUCACGCAACCGAAGGACAGGAGAUCAGGAUGAACAACAGGAUUUCCUCAAUAUAGGAGAAGAUGAAGUCGAUACAUUUAAUCAGGAAUGGAGAGAAAAAACAUCACACUUUAACUCUGAGCAAGCAGCUAUUCGUGAUAGGUCGAGGCGACCACAUCAUGACAGACGACCCAUCGCCGACUCGCGCCACCGAUCACAGCCAGGCUACAGAGACCGUGGGAACAGGGAAUAAAUGCAGCAAUGACAGCGAUUUUAUGCCUUUUUAAAAGACAUUUGAUGGACUGAAUCCACCCUAACUUAUAAACCAUUACCAUUUGGAUUAUGCUAUAUCGUUUUUAUCGGGAGACCUAGGGCCCAAUUAUAUUGGUUCAUCCUCUGUAUCUGCUGCUUGUUUACUGUUGUCUAGUUUAAAUAUCUGUUUAAUUCUUGGUCUAGAAAUACUUGUGGAUGGCUUUGGAACAUUGGUUUCCAGGUUACAAUAAUUUCCUAAAUCAGCUGUUGGGCCUUGGGAACAGAUAUCUGACCAUCACUCUCUUGUUUAUUUUGCCUCUCAAUGUAUGAAUGUCUCCUCUACACCUUAAAAGAGGACGAUAGGCAGGAGCUAGGGGGUUAAAAUGGUGGUCUUCAUGUGGCCGGAUGUACAGUUGGGGGACUUGGAUGUGUCUCAUUUUGUGAUAAAUGUAUUCCUGCUGCUGGCAUGAAAAGCUUUGACAUACUGUGAGAUAGAAAAGACCCCUGUUGGUGAUUUUGUGUAAGGAAAUCUUGUUUACCUAGCUUCUGCCUAAAGACUCCUUUAAUAUUGCAAAAGCAUAUGGUUAACAUGGAGUUAGUUAUCGGUUUCACUAGAGUCUGUUGCCACCAAACCUGCCAAAUAUUGAGAUAUCUAAAUCUAAUGUGAGUCAACUUCAAACACCAAGAGCUGAAAUGCCGAUCCUUUUGAGAUUUUUAAGGGCAGGCCAUUGCUGUUUUUAGUUUCAUUCUAAUAUGUGUAGCAGAAAAUCUAGGAGAAAUUAGCUGUUAGUUACUGCUAUCAGAAAUCAUUGCAGCACUGUACUGUAUAUUAUCAUGAUGAAGCCACUACUGGCACUAGUUGCCAUCAACAGUUUUGCUGGUCUCCCAUUCCAUCAUAAUUUUGUUUGUCAUUCUAGUUGCCAUCAAAAUCCUACACAUGUAGUUGCCAUCACAGCUUUGUUGGUCAUUCUAGUUGCUCUCAAAGUUUCAUGUUAACCAUUCUCCACAUGUAGUUACGAUCACACUGUUGAUUUCACCUGCCUAAUCUGUACAGUGGUCAUCCUAAUUGCCUAUUCAGUAUGUCUUAAAUGAACCCUGAACUUUCGCUUAUGACUACACACUGAGGUAAGAUUUAGCUAUGCUAUUUAAAUUUUUCAUCUGUAGCUUAGCCAGUAAUUCUGAAUGAGCUGGGACUAAGUUGUUGUAAACUAUUAUCAAAAUUAUUACCAGUACAUGUAUGUAUCUCAUUGUCAUCUUCCUGUGCUUUUGUCCCUAGUGAGUAUCAGGUGAUUUGUAUCAUGUACCGGUACAAUGUAACUUUAUUUUUGUUGUUUUUUAUACAAUAUACAUUUCACAUGGCACAUAGAA